GCAAUUAGUGAUCUCGCCUCGCGUAUCUGGUCCUUGAAUCUGGACCUCCACAAGGGCUUCACGAGCCCCAGUCAGAGAGCGCUUUUGCAUGCCAUCUAAAGCAUCGCAGCCAUACUGUUCGGCGUCUCAGGAUCGAGCUCUGGGAAAUAAUAUGGACAUACUAACGGAGGUCCUGGCCAGGCUGCCAAGAGUCGAAGAGCUAUCUAUCACUUUUCUCAUGAGCUUGGUGGCGACGAGAGGAAGAUCAGUCAGCUCGCAGCAGAGAAGACCUCAUCUGACAGCCCUUCAUACUGGGAUAUUGUCAGUGAGAAGGGAUGGUCUCUUUGAGUUUGCAAAGUAUUGCUCCAGUCCAAGGUGUGAUCAUCCUUUGGAUAUGGACACAAAAGAUUCUUCUGCUGCGACUGACUGUUCAAAUGUACACCGCCAGCGCCACAAAUCCGAGGAUUUUAUGACGCUGGGUGCUUUCACGGGCUGGAAUAUGUCCAUAAGCCUCCUCUUUUUUAUUUUGGCCAUUAUCGAAGCACAGCCUGUGUCUUGACCCUUUUUUAUAUUUUUUAUUUCCAUUUUUUUUGGAUAAGAAGAGAGGUUCGGCGUACGACUCGGAGGUAGUGCAAUACCGAGGACACCAGUGCUCGCCCAGGUAGCAAGCCAGAGCCGGGCAAGCGUAGCUCAAAAAUGAAAUUAAUCGAUUGGUGGCCGUAGCCACCAUAUUAUUCGAUUAGAAUAAUAAGAACAGAUACUACACUUGAUCUUAGCCAAAAAGCUAGAGCGG